AAGUCAACGUUUGCUGUUUGCUGUUUGCCUGCGUAGUUAUGGUCGAUCCAUUAAAAAUCUUUUGGGUUUUGACAAAUAGCACCUAUUUGGUUACAAAAUUUGUACGCAUUGGUAUUGCCGACAAGAACGACUCUCCGCCGUAUUUCGAUAGAUUUCUGUACGAGACUGAAAUCGAUGAGAAUGCCGAUUUGCAGAGCACAGUGCUCACUGUCAACGCCAAGGAUCACAAUGAGUCGACGAAUAUUCGAUACCAGAUCACAGGCGGUAACAUAGGCAAUGCCUUUGCCGUUCAGAAUACGACCGGCGUCAUCUACGUUGCCAGUCCGCUAGACUAUGAAACGCGGCCAAGGUAUGAGCUGCGCUUGGAGGCAACACGCAAUCGCAAAAACAACUAUACCACCGUUGUCAUCAAUGUACGCGAUGUUAACGAUAAUCCACCUGUCUUCGAUCGUCAAACAUAUCGCACACAAAUCACCGAAGAAGAUGAUCGCAAUUUGCCCAAACGCAUUUUACAGGUUACGGCUACGGAUGGCGAUGUAGAUAGACCAAUAAAUAUUGUAUAUUUCCUUACCGGCCAGGGCAUCGACCCGGAUAAUACAGCAAAUAGUAAAUUUGAUAUAAAUCGCACAACGGGCGAUAUUUUUGUACUCAAGCCCUUGGACCGGGAUCAGCCCAAUGGUCGGCCGCAGUGGCGCUUCACCGUAUUUGCACAGGAUGAAGGCGGCGAGGGUCUUGUCGGCUAUGCGGACAUUCAAGUUAAUCUGAAGGACAUCAAUGACAAUGCGCCGCAGUUUCCGCUGGGCGUCUACUUUGGCAAUGUCACAGAGAACGGCACAGCCGGCAGCCCCGUCAUGACAAUGUCUGCCAUUGACUAUGACGAUCCCAAUGAGAGCACCAAUGCCCGGCUAAUCUACUCAAUUGAGAAGAACGUCAUCGAGGAGGAGACGGGCGCGCCCAUCUUUGAAAUUGAGCCCGAAACAGGACACAUCAAGACAGCCGUUUGCUGUCUGGACCGAGAGCGCACACCGGACUACUCCAUCCAGGUGGUCGCCAUGGAUGGCGGUGGCUUAAAGGGCACUGGGACCGCCUCGAUACGUGUCAAGGAUCUUAACGAUAUGCCGCCACAGUUUACCAAGGAUGAGUGGUUCACGGAGGUGGACGAAACAAACGGCACUUAUAUACCAGAGACGCCGAUACUGACUGUCACCGUGCAGGAUGAGGAUGAGACGAAUAGUUUUCAGUAUAAAGUGGUGCCCAAUAGUGGCUUUGGUGCCGACAAAUUUGCCAUGGUGCGGAAUGCCGAUGGCACUGGCUCCCUGAAGAUUACCCAGCCGCUGGACUAUGAGGAUCCGUUGCAGAGCAGCGGCUUUCGCUUUCGCAUCCAAGUGAAUGAUAAGGGCGAGGAUGGCACUGAUGGCGCUAGCGAUAAAUAUCAUGUGGCCUACUCGUGGGUGGUGGUCAAAUUACGCGAUAUCAACGAUAAUGUGCCCCGAUUUGAGCGCGAUCACAUCGAGGUGUCCAUCUACGAGGACACCAAAGUGGGCACCAUACUCGAACAGUUCCGGGCCACCGAUGCAGAUCAGGGCGGACACUCGCAAGUCUCCUACAGCAUCAUACGGGAUAGCAAUCGUCGCCGCCAAUUCGCAAUCAGCGAAAAGGGCGCAAUUAGCAUACAGAGGCCAUUGGAUCGCGAGACUGAGGAUCGACACAAUGUGCAGAUCAUUGCCAGCGACGAUGGCAAUCCAUCGCGCACAGCAACCGCCACACUCACCGUGAUUGUCAAGGAUGUCAACGAUAAUGCACCCACGCUGGCACAGGACUACAGGCCAACGCUGCCGGAGAAUGUGUCGCCACGCAAAAUCAUCGAGGUGGCCGCCAAGGACGCCGACGAUCGACAGCGUGGCAAUGGCGGACCCUUCAGCUUUCACCUUGAUCCCCUGGCGAGCGAUGAGAUCAGAGCCGGCUUUAAAGUCGAAUACGAUCGCAGAGGCGACAAUGGCAACGGGGUGGCCAUCAUCUCCUCGCUGCGUCCCUUCGACCGUGAGCAGCAGAAAUCCUAUGACAUACCCAUCGAGAUAAAGGAUAACGGGGCACCGGCAAUGACGGGCACCAGCACCCUGACGGUGACCAUUGGCGACGUCAACGACAACAAAAUGCAGCCGGGCAGCAAAUCGGUUCUCGUCUACAACUACCAAGGCCAGUCGCAGGACACGCCAAUCGGACGGGUAUACGUCAACGAUCCAGACGAUUGGGAUGUCCCCGACAAGAAGUACUACUGGGAGGCACAGGAGCAUCAACGUUUCAAACUCGACACGGACACCGGCAUUCUGACAAUGCGUGCAGGCACUCGUCGUGGUCGCUAUCAACUGCGCUUCAAGGUGUACGAUCGCGAACAUGGUCAGGAGGAUAUACCAGCGAAUCUGAGUGUUACGGUGCGCGAUAUCACAUCGGAGGCAGUGCAGCAGGCGGGCUCAAUGCGCCUCUCGCACAUCACCGACGAGGACUUUGUGCGCACCUGGAAUCCGCUGAAGCAACAGGUGGAGCCAUCGAAGCUGGAACGUUUUCGCAACAAGCUCGCCGAGCUGCUCUACACGGAUCGCGACAAUGUGGAUGUGUUUAGCGUUCAGUUGCGUUCCCAAUCUCCCCAUCCGCUGACCGAUGUACACUUUGCCGCCAGAUCAGCGACACAGCAGCCGUACUUCAAGGCGGUACGGCUCAACGGGGUGGUGCAAAUGCAUCGCGAGGAGAUCGAAAAGGAGGUCGGACUCAACAUAACCAUGGUGCACAUUGACGAGUGCAUGCACGAGGGUCGUGGCAAGUGUCCGAGCGGUUCGUGCAGCUCACGCACGGAGCUGGGCAAGCGACCCUACACGGUCAGUGUGAACCGUACCGCGCUGGUAGGGGUACGCCUGGAGUUGAGUGCUCAGUGCGUGUGUCGUGCGAGGAACUUCACUGGACAGGAUCACAAUUGUCGCUGGCAUCACUGCUACAAUGGGGGACGCUGUGUGGAGACCAGAAAUGGACCGCGUUGCGUUGCCUGCCCGGUUGGAUAUGGCGGGCCUCGUUGCCAGCAAUCGACGCGAAGUUUUCGCGGCAACGGCUGGGCCUGGUAUCCACCCCUACAGCUGUGCGGUGAAUCUCAUUUGAGUCUGGAGUUUAUUACACGCGAACCGGAUGGCCUCAUACUCUAUAAUGGGCCGAUUGUGCCGCCCAAGCUGGGUGAGCCGGUUAUCAGUGACUUCAUAGCCAUUGAACUGGAACAGGGCUAUCCGCGUCUCCUUAUUGAUUUUGGCUCCGGCACGCUGGAGUUGCGUGUGAAGACCAAAAAGACAUUGGACGAUGGCAUCUGGCAUCGCUUGGAUGUCUUCUGGGAUGCGGAAAAUGUGCGUCUUGUCGUCGACUUUUGUCGCACUGCUCUGGUCUCUGAGCUGGAGGAUGGCACGGCGCCCGAAUUUGAUGACAACGCGUGCCAGGCACGCGGACAAAUACCACCGUUUGCGGAGACACUGAAUCUGAAUCAACCGCUGCAGCUGGGCGGCCUGUACAGGCAACACUUUGAUCAGACGCUCUACAAUUGGCAGUACGCAUUCAGCUCGAAGGGAUUCGAUGGCUGUAUUCGCAAUGUGGUCCACAAUUCGGAGCAUUAUGAUUUGGCAUUCCCGGCGCUGGCACGCAACAGUUUUCCCGCCUGCCCGCAAACGGAUGAGGUGUGCCUGAAAACGGAGCACACAGCCAGAUGCUGGGAGCAUGGCAAUUGUGUGGCCAGCUUGGUGCAGGCCAAGUGCCAUUGUCAGCCGGGUUGGAUGGGUGCCGGCUGCAAUGUGCCCACUGUGCCGACCACCUUCAAGGCACAGAGCUAUGUCAAGUUUGCGCUGAGCUUCGAACCGGAUCGCUUCAGCACGCAGCUCCAAUUGAGAUUUCGCACCCGGGAACAGGCUGGCGAACUGUUUCGUGUCAGUGAUCAGCAUCAGCGUGAAUAUGCCAUAUUGGAGCUGCAACGUGGCCAGCUGCAGUUUCGCUACAAUCUCAACUCGCUGCGGAAUGAGGAACAGCUGCUGGCGCUGACAGCGGUCGCUGUCAAUGAUGGCCAGUGGCAUGUGGUGCGAAUUAGUCGGUAUGGCUCGGCAGCGAUUAUGGAACUGGAUGGUGGCGAGAGUCGGCGCUACAAUGAGUCCUUUCACUACCAGGGACACCAGUGGCUAACCAUUGACAAGCAGGAGGGCGUCUAUGCGGGCGGCAAGGCGGAGUAUACGGGCGUCAAAACGUUUGAGGUGCACUCGGACUUUCAAAGGAGCUGCCUCGAUGACAUCAGACUCGAUGGCAAACAUCUGCCACUGCCACCGGCAAUGAAUGGCACCCAAUGGGGCCAGGCGACGAUGGCCAGAAAUGUUGAACGCAAUUGCCCCUCGAAUCGGCCCUGCUCCAAUGUUAUCUGCCCGGAUCCCUUUGAUUGUGUUGAUUUGUGGAAUGAAUACGAGUGCACUUGCAGCGAGGGACGCAUUAUGUCGGCGGACACGAAAGGCUGCGUCGAUCGCAAUGAAUGCCUGGAUAUGCCCUGCCUGAACGGAGGCACUUGCAUUAAUUUGGAGCCGCGACUGCGAUAUCGUUGCAUUUGCCCCGAGGGCUAUUGGGGCGAGAACUGUGAAUUGGUGCAGGAAGGACAGCGUCUGAAGCUUAGCAUGGGCGCCCUGGGCGCCAUAUUCGUCUGCCUGAUUAUCAUAUUGAUUCUCGCAUUGAUAUUCGUGAUAUACAAUCGCAAGCGCAAAACCACCAAAAAGAAGAAACGCUCCGGAACGGAAAAGGAUGUGCGCGAAACGGUGAUUAGCUACGAGGACGAGGGAGGCGGCGAGGACGAUAUGACGGCAUUCGACAUAACCCCACUUCAAAUACCAAUCAGUGCGCAGAGCGGCACAAUGCCCCCGGACAUAGCUGCCUGCAAGAUGCCCAUCAUAUAUCCGGUGAUGACACUGCUGUCACCUGGCCAGGAGUUGAAUGUGGCCUAUCUGAUGGAGGAGCGUAAGCAGCGCAUCGACAAGGAUCCCAAUGCGCCGCCCUUCGAUGACCUGCGAAAUUUCACGUUCGAGGGCAGCGGCAGCAUUGCCGAAUCGCUCAGCUCGUUGGCAUCAGGCACCGACGAUGAGAAUCAAGACUUUAACUAUUUACAAAAUUGGGGUCCACGUUUCAAUGCCCUUGCCACGAUGUACGUGCAUGAUAAAGCGAAAACCAAACAGCAGCAGCAGCAGCAGCAGCAGCAGCAGCAGCAGCAGCAGCAGCCUCCUCAAGUGGGCGUGGACAAUGUCCUGGCAGUGGUUGCAACGGGCAGCGGUGCUGGACCUGGGGGUGGUGCAAGUAGCCUUGUUAUUGCCCCCGCAUCGGAAACCGGCAAAGUUGUAUUAUAAAAAUAAAUAAAUUGUAGUUAAAAAUGA